AUUUAAUUCCUGAAUACCUCAACUUUGUUAAAGGAAUAGUUGAUUCUGAAGAUUUACCACUCAACAUUUCUCGUGAAAUGCUUCAACAAAAUAAGAUUCUCAAAGUCAUCCGUAAAAAUAUAGUGAAGAAAUGUAUGGAGCUCUUUUUAGAGAUUGCUGAGGAUAAAGACAAUUUCUCAAAAUUCUACGAAGCUUUUUCCAAAAACAUAAAACUUGGUAUUCACGAAGAUUCUCAGAAUCGUGCCAAAUUAGCCGAAUUCCUUCGUUAUUAUUCAACAAGAUCAACCGAUGAACUUACCUCUCUCAAAGACUACGUAACACGUAUGCCUGAAAAACAAAAAGAUAUUUACUACAUUACCGGUGAAAAUCGUCAAGCUGUCGAGAACUCUCCAUUUGUUGAAGUAUUGAAAAAACGAGGGUAUGAAGUCUUGCUUAUGACUGACCCCAUUGAUGAAUACUCAGUUUCACAGCUUAAAGAAUAUGAUGGCAAGAAACUUGUAUUUAAAGAAAUUCUUGGUGAUAAAGUCGAAAAGGUUGUUGUAUCAAAUCGUAUUUCAGAAUCACCGUGUGUUCUUGUUACUGGCCAAUAUGGUUGGUCUGCCAACUUUGAACGUAUCAUGAAAGCUCAGGCAUUACGUGAUUCUAGUAUGGCUUCGUAUAUGGCUUCUAAAAAGAUUAUGGAAAUUAAUCCAGCUCAUCCAAUUAUUAAAUCACUCAAAUCUAAAGUCGAGACUGAUAAGAAUGAUAAGACUGUUAAAGAUCUUACAUGGCUUCUUUUCGAGACUUCACUUUUACAAUCUGGUUUUACCUUGGAAGAACCUUCAUCAUUUGCCGGUAGAAUUUUCAAGAUGAUCAAAUUAGGUCUUGAUAUUGGUGAGGAAGAGGAGGAUAUUAUGGAAACUGAAGAAGUAAUCGCUAAUACUGCUGAGUCAAGUACUGCGGAAGCUUCUCAGAUGGAAGAAGUUGAUUAA